UGGGUGUUAAAUUUUCCCUUGGUCCUCCACUUUUCAACCUUUGUCGGAGCCCAUGAUUCUGCGAAUUAAAUUUGAAUUCAUAUUUUGUGAUUAUGUGGGAGUGUGCGCUUGGCAACAACAACAACCACCUGGUUGCUGUGGCUGCUACAGUGAAAACGUUGGAAUGCAACUUCGUGUAAAAUUUGCGUGGCAUUUUAUUUCAAUUUCUCGUUGGUUUAGAGACUUUCCCAAGUGUUGGUAUUGCCUGAAUCUCCUCUGCUUUAACAAGAAAGUGAAGACAGUGUCUUUGCGAUACAUAAAGUAUUAAAAGAGGCAUUAUUGAUGCGGCGGAGACUCUCCUUUUCAAAAACGAAGAUGGGGGAAUCUCUUUUCGUGAAGUCCCUCAAAAUUGCGAGCGUAGUUGCAGCUUAUUGGUUCAUCUCCAUUUCUCUUGUCUUCCUGAAUAAAUAUCUUCUCAGCAGCAAAAAGCUUAAGCUGGAUGCUCCGCUCUUCAUCACUUGGUAUCAAUGUAUCACAUCCCUCGUUUGCAUUUUCCUGCUUAGUCUGUUGGGUGAUAAGUUUCCAAGAAUUGAUAAAUUCCCUGCAUUCAAGAUUGAAACUGGAAUUGCAAAACAGAUACUGCCCCUAUCAGUCAUAUUUGUAGGCAUGAUAACUGCCAACAACUUGUGCCUGAAGUACUUAGGAGUUGCCUUUUACAAUGUCGCCAGGGCAUUGACUACUGUUUUCAAUGUGAUUUUCACGUAUCUUCUUCUUGGCCAAACAACAUCAAUGAAGGCAAUUGGCUGUUGUGGAAUUAUAAUAUCUGGGUUUCUUCUUGGUGUUAAUGAAGAAGGUAGUAAUGGAUCAUUGUCGUAUAAGGGUGUCUUUUUUGGUGUUCUUGGUUCACUCUUCGUGUGCCUAAAUGCAAUUUACACAAAGCGCAUGAUGCCUGUUGUUGAUGGCAACAUUUGGCGUCUCCAGCUUUACAACAACUUCAACGCAUGUUUUCUCUUUCCCCCGCUUUUAAUACUGAUGGGAGAAGUUUCUGUUGUUUAUAAUUUCCCCUUCUUGAAAAGUGAGUAUUUUUGGUUCAUGAUGACUCUUAGUGGUGUUUUCGGCAUUGCCAUUGGAUAUGUAACUGGUUUGCAGAUCAAAGUAACAAGUCCACUCACCCACAACAUUAGCGGUACUGCCAAAGCAUGUGCCCAAACAAUUAUCGCUGUAGUCCAUUUCAGCGAGAUGAAAACGGUUUUGUGGUGGUUCUGUAACUUUCUGGUUCUUGGUGGUUCCAUGCUCUACACAUUUGUAAAACACGGAGAGAUGAAGGCGCAACAUGUUAAAGAAGAUGAAGUGAGCAAACUUGAGAAAUCUCCUUUGACAUCAGAAAAUGGGAAAACAGAGGUUUAAACAUCAUUGGAUGUGAUGGUUAGUAGAGAACUGAGUAUGAAAUAUGUCAAAUGCGGACUGUCGAUCAUUUAGAUAAACUAUUUAACAUCCAAUGCUAGUAAUUUUAUUUAAUCGGCGAUGUUAUUACCAGUCAUCAAGAGGUAGAAUUUUCCUGAUUUUAUUAGAAUUACAAAAUAUAAACAGACAA